UCAACUAAAAGUCUAAAACCCCCCACGAAAAUUACAGAACGAGGGUUUAAGUUUAAGAAGAGCGAGGAGCAGAAACUGAAAUUCGCGAAAAGGAAAAAAAUUAAAAAAUGAGCAGUGAUUCCAAAAAAAGUGGAUCUGGUGGAUCAGGAGGAGGGGGAUUCAAGGCUAAAUUGGAACACUAUUUAUAUAGUGGAGAAAAGAAGCAUGUCAUUGGAGGUAUCGCCGUAAUUGCUAUCAUUUUUGGUGUCCCUUGGUACCUCAUGAAUCGAGGAGCAAAACAUCAAUCGCAUCAAGAUUACAUGGAAAAAGCUGAUAAAGCAAGGAACGAAAGACUCUCCGCUGGUUCAUCCAUAUCUAAAUGAGGAAUAAUUGUCUUGCUUCAACGACAAUCUUAUGGCCUUCCAGAAAUCUGGGUUUUGGUUUUUCAUCUUCUCAUAAUAUAGAAAAUCUGUUCUUAUAAAGUGAAAUACGUUUAAAGUCAUUAUUAUGGGUGAUAAUAGUGACGACCUUCUAAUGCUUAUUGCAGUGUAGGAAUAUAUUUUCCAUAGACAUCAAUUUGCUAACAGUUCUGUUUCUGGGUUAAAUUAUAUAGAUAUUCUUGUGCCAGUCACACUGUGGUUGCA